GCCUGAAGGAAGAGAAAGAUCGAGUACACGUCGUUGCAUCCGAGCGGGUGCGCGUGUUUGUGUCUGCGAGUCGCUCGUGCCUCUCUCUCACCCAUAGACUCGUCUUUUCCUUAUUUCCCCCUCCCCUGUCCUCGCGUAUUUACGCGACCGUGUCGCCCACCCCCGUUAGCACGCAUGUACGCCCGCUACCGCACCCGUUCUCGGUUUUACAAGCGGCCAGAGAAGGCGCUCAGGGCUUACAAUGUUAGCCCCAACCUUCUCCGCCGCCCCAAGGUGAAGAACGGCCUGCUGAAGGGCAUCUACACAGAUCAGCAGGUCGACCUGCGCGAUCGCGAGCGGCUGGAGAUGCUGGAGGCGAUCCGCCACCCGAAAGAACGCGACUUCUACCAGGAUCACACCUACCACAACCAGUGGAUCGCGCGCGACUUGGAGAAGCACCAAAAGGGCCAAAUUGCAUCCCGCUACCCCUUCUUCGCGCCCAACUACGAAAUCAAGCCGUGGCUGUGGUACCCCGGCGACAUCGUGGAGGUGACCUCCGGCGAGGGCGUCGGCCAGCGCGGGUCGAUCAUCGCCGUGGUGAAGUACAAGAACGAAAUUCUCGUGCAGAACAUCAACGUGCAGGACGUCGUGAUCCCGGCGAGUGAGACGCGGCCGGAGCAGGUGGUGCAGCGCGAGCACCCCAUCAGCGUCCACCGCGUGCGCCACAUCGACCCGUCAACGAACGAGCUGUGCCACCUGGAGAUGGUGAAGGUGCGCAACAAGGAGACGGGUGAGCUGGAGGAGCGUCGCAUCUCUCUUGAGAGCGGAGCGCUGCUGCCGGUUCCCCCACCGGAGGAAACCGUCGAAGGUGGUGACCCGUUGAAGGACACGGCGAUCCAAGACGCCGACGAAGACACGUACGACCGCGCAAAGGAGCUCGCGCUGCUCGUGGAGCGGCGGCUGCACGCGAUGGAAGAAUACUUUGUGAGCACACUGAAGGAGUCGCAUGAGUUCCACGAGGACCUGCGUCAGCGCAACGCGGAGGAUAUGCAGCGCUUCCAGAAGGGCGUUGUCGUGCGAGCCACGGAGAAGUUGGCGGCGGUGACGCUUGACGAGGAACCGCAGCAGCAGCAGCCAUCACAGGAUGCGCCAGUGACGGAUACCAUCACCGCGGAGAACGUCAUCGCGGAGGUGCUGAAGGCGGAGGAAGCGCUGCACAGUAGCACCGCGGGCCUGCCGGGGUGGUGGCAGACGAUGCUCGAUUCAUACGUGAACGUGUUGGAGGAGGAGGCGGCCGAGCAGGAGGCGGAGGCAGAGGAGCAGGGGCGUACAGCAGCGGCGGACCGCCGGGCCGAGACGCUCAUGGCGGACGCCGCGGCGGAUGCGGAUCGAGCUUCCGGUGCCGCGUCGUUGAAGGCGGAGGAGGAUGAGGGAGACGUGGGGGUGGAGGAUGAGGAGGAGGAUGGUGCGUUGGAUGACGAGGUAGACGGAGCGACGGAGCGAGGCGCGGCUAGGCCGUCCGCCGCGUAA